ACAGGAAGAGGAACGCCCGUCUCUUCUGUUUGCAGUGUGUGUGUACGGUGCAAAAGUGUGUAGACUAGAGUCAGAAGAAUAACGAUGCCCGUGAAGAGUCURCCAGUCCGGGAUGGCUCCAUUCAGUUCCGUUUGCUGCAGCAGUAUUUGGUCCUUCUGAAAAAAUACCCGAUCCUCACUAAAUCUGUUACCAGUGCCAUCCUUUCAGCUUUAGGAAACUUGCUCUCGCAGUAUUUGGAGGCGAGAAAAAAGGCCCAAAGAGGAGCUGAGGUCAAUGACAUAGAUGUGGCUGGAGCUACACGAUAUGCCAUUUAUGGAUUAUUAAUCACAGGACCAGUGAGCCAUUACUUUUACCAGCUGAUGGAGGUGUGGAUGCCCACCACGGAUCCGUUGUGUGUGGUGAAACGACUGCUGCUGGACCGACUUUUUUUUGCCCCUGGAUUUCUGCUCCUUUUCUACGCAGUUAUGAACAUCCUGGAGGCUAAAGGUUGGCAGGAUUUUGAAAAGAAGUUGAGAAAAAGUUACUGGACAGCUCUGAAGAUGAACUGGAAGGUCUGGACCCCCUUCCAGUUCAUAAACGUCAACUUUGUGCCUGUUCAGUUUCGAGUGCUGUUUGCCAACGUGAUCGCCCUGUUUUGGUACGCCUACCUGGCAUCUGUGAGGAAAUGAUGCCCCCUGAAGUUUCUUCGCAGAUUGCUGCAACCGAGGACUGACAGAAUCUAACUUCCUAACGUGCUCAAGGGUUUUUGUUGUGUUGUUAUUCUUCAGAUUAACAUCAGGUUUAAGCCACUUUAAGAGACUGCUCUAAAACUCWGGGUAUGUGACUGCAGCCAUUAUGUUGUGUGAAAAGAACAGGAUUAAAGUUUUCUUUUUUAACAUUCCACUGCCAAACGCCUGUAUAGUCAAACUAAAACAAAAUUGAGGGCAUUCACCCACCGCCUUUUAUGCAAGACUUUAUGAGAGAUUAUAAUCAUCUCAUGUUGAGAGAUAAUGUAGCUGAUUUAUUGGCUCAGAGCUACAAACGUCAAAUUUUAGUAAAAUAUCUGUAAAAUAAACUGAGUUAUAGCCACUUUUUGUGGUGGCUASUGUUGAUUCUCAGUGGCAGCCAUCUAGAAUUGGACUGACUCUGAAAGUUAAUCAGUUKUAAUGUACAUGCAAYGAUGAUAUCCUGAAAAUUUCAUUAAAACCUGUCCUGUUGUUCACAAGAAAUUUUGCUAACAAACAGGGUGAACUCCAAGCAUUAAUGCUUAAGUUUUAAAGCAAAUGUAUGUAAUGAAUAUCAUUUGUUGUGAAAGGCUCUCAGCUAGUUUAUAUCAAUUUUCAGCACGAUGUUUGAGGAAAUUACUGCAUUACAGCCAUUUUUAAUGAGUGGACUGUGGCGACCAUUUUUARUUGGGUUGACUCCAAAUGUUAAUCGAUUGUAGAUGUACGUGUAUUGAUUGUAUUCUGCAAGUUUCAAUAUAAUCCUUUGGUUAAUGAUAUAUUUUGCUAACAAGCAGGUAAAUAUGAUGUAAAGUUAUCUGUUGUGUCUCUUGAGCGCCACCUGCUGGGCUGAAUAAAAACAAAUUUUUUUAAUA